ACCAUCUGGGUAUUAAACAAACUAUGCUGUAAUUAUCAAAAGGCUAAAACCAAAUACUUUGUUACUUCCAUCUCCGACGAGUCACCGAUGACUGAUUCAAUGGCUGGGGAUGACUCAGUAGCGAAUCUCUACCGAGCCUUAGUGGAUCGGUGCUUGAGUUUGGAAGCGAGUCACGCUAAGUUGAGGGAAGAAUUUGACGAGAUUGCGCAGCAAGAUAAAAGAAGCGAUGAAGAGGACAAGCUGGCGUCAGAUUCAGGCGAUUCCACGACAUAUCCCGUUGCUUUCACGUUUCCCGGAUACUUCUCCACCGGAAGCCCUUUUAGGAACGUGUUGGAAUCCAUUGGACAUGCUAUUCAUGUCUCUUCAGCUACUUCGGGGAGGAUUACAUUUUGGAAUCGCUCAGCUGAAAAUCUUUUUGGAUGGAAGUCCAACGAAGUCUUGGGACUAAGAGAUACAACACUUCUAAUAGCUGAAGAAUAUCAUGCACCCCUUAAAGUUAUUAUGGAGAAGUUGAUUUCUGGGCAAUCAUGGUCAGGUCAAUUCCCUUUCAAGAGGAGGUCAGGUGAAAUUUUUAUGGCUUUGGUGACCAAAAGUCCCUUGUACGAAGGUGGUCGGCUUACUGGUGUGGUGACAGUUUCAAGUGAUGCGUCCAUUUUUAAUGGUAUAAAUUCAGAGAAUUCGGGAACUUAUCAGGAUCAUAAUAGACCAAGGAGGUUAAAGUCUAAAAACAUACAGUGGCAUCCACCACGGCCACAAAUUGCAUCAUCUGUUUCUAAUCUGGUGCUUAUGUAUAGCAUUACUACAGUUUUGCCAUUCUUUCGCUUCUUUCCAUUUCUGGUUCUAUUUUCAGUUUCUAAAACGCUUAACAUUGUGUAUUGUCAAAACACCCAGGCUUCAAGAUUUCUACUCAAGAAACAAGAUGGUUUAAGCAAUUCAUGUAAUAAGUCAAGGGAACAAGAGGAUGGUGCAACAAGCACAGAAGACAAGUUAGAGGCUUGUGAUACAGCUGAAGGUGAAUUUAUCUCAAAUUUUCAUGAGUGGAGUAACACAACCGAAAGAAUAAGCUCUCAAAAGGAUGAAAAUGCAUUCGAUCGUGCUCAACCUUCAAAAAUUGCUGCAAAAGUCUUGGCAAAACUGCACAUCAGGGGACCUAGAAACCACAGCAACGAUGAUGAUGAAUGUCUUCAGAGAAAGGAUACAACUAGUAGACUGGCAACAAAUGAUGUGGCAGAUGAACAUAAUGUUUCUAGAGGUUUGAAGGCAUCAACUAAGAAUCACUUUAGUGUUGAAAAGCACACAAGUCCAACGCCUUUUGUAGAUUCUUCAAGAGAGUGCAAUGGGAAGUUUUCAGUAACUCAAAUGGGAGAAUCUACCGCAGGAUUAGUGUGCCGAGUAAAUGAAAAUGGGUUGGAGCCAGAGUUCCUAAAUAUGGAUGCAUCAGAAGUGGAACAUGAAUUACAAAAGCAAACAGACUGCAAAAGCUUAUCAAGUGUAGGGGAAAGCAUAGGAAGCCAAGAAAGUCAAUCAAGCAAAGGGGAUAAUGAGUCAAACUCUAUGGUUGAUUGUGAGAUUCACUGGGAAGACCUACAUUUAGGGGAGGAGAUUGGACAAGGCUCGUAUGCAGUUAUUUAUCGCGGAAUUUGGAAUGGAUCAGAUGUUGCAGUUAAGGUCUAUUUUGCAGGUGAAUACAAAGAAUCAACAUUAUCAGACUACAAAAAAGAGAUUGAUAUAAUGAGAAAACUAAGACAUCCGAAUGUUCUGCUGUUCAUGGGGGCUGUGUACUCACAAGAACGACUUGCAAUCGUCACUGAGUUCUUGCCUAGGGGAAGCCUUUUCAAAGCACUUCACAAGACUAAUCAGGCAUUGGACGCUAAAAGGCGCAUGAGGAUGGCCCUUGAUGUUGCUAGAGGCAUAAAUUACUUGCAUCAUAGGAAUCCUCCAAUUGUGCAUAGAGACCUGAAGUCUUCCAAUCUCUUUGUUGAUAGGAAUUGGAAUGUAAAGGUUGGAGACUUUGGCCUCUCGAGAUGGAAAAAUGGAACUUUCUUAACCACAAAGACCGGGAGAGGAACACCUCAGUGGAUGGCUCCGGAAGUCCUGAGGAAUGAACCAUCAAAUGAGAAGUCUGAUGUAUUCAGUUUUGGAGUAAUCUUGUGGGAAUUGAUGACUGUCUCCAUUCCAUGGAACAACCUCAACUGUUUACAGGUGGUUGGAGUUGUAGGCUUCAUGGAUAGGCGAUUGGAGCUACCCGAAGGCCUUGAUCCGCAUAUACAAUCGAUUAUCCGUGACUGUUGGCAAAGUAAUCCAGAAAAUCGACCAUCGUUUGAAGACAUAAUCAGUAGAAUGACUGGCAUUGUCCCAAAAUCUACCGUAGGAUUGGGUCGAAGGAACUCAGAGCCUUGAAGCCGCAAUGGGGCUGUAGGACCAAUGCCACUCUUUCACUUGAUGGGGUAGUUUAGCUGUACUUUAGGCUAAUAGAAGUUUUUCUUCAAAACAAAAUCAAACGUUCAAUACACAUACUUAGUUGGUAGAUUUGCACUUUACCUCUCCUCCAUUUUUGGAAAAGAUGAAAUAAAAG